AUGCCAUGUCUCUCCAUGGAAGCAUUCAGUCCCUUAUACACGACACAACAUGGCAAGACAGGAUAUUUUGCCGGUUCCAACUCAUACUGGAUUGGAUUCCAGAAGAACAACGACGAUGUGGAUCUCGUGUUCAGUCACUUGCAGAAAUAUGGUCUCAAGAUCCUUCGUCCUAUCGAUGGCUUAAAGCACGGUAUUAAGUUGAUUAUUAACUUUGUUAACUUCUGGGAUGACUACAAUGAUAUUAAUACCUAUAUUAAGACCUUCGUCUACCGCGCUUAUAUCAAGGUAGUCAUUUCGCGGUACAGCGACUCUACCGCUAUCUUUGGCUAUAGAAGCUAUCUAUAUCAAUACUCUAAAGAAAGUAAUUUUAUUAAAAACCUGGCUAUUCCUAUAAUUAACUUUAGAAUCUUCCAUCUCUAUCCAAGUAGCUAUAAGUCUAUAUUAAUUACCUUAUACGGGGUAGCCUACAAGGCGGCUAGAAAGCCUUACCUAUUCGAGGAGUAUAGAGUAAUCUUAGACUAUUAUACUAUUGAGAAACCUUGGCAAAACACAGCACUUAACAUAACUGCUAUCUCAGAGAACCUCUACUAG